AUGCGCGGCCUCCUUCUGUGCGCGAUCCACCUCCUCCUGACGCGCGUCGUCGCGAUCGACGCGGCGUCGUCGUCGCCCGCGCCGCCGUCCGAGCGCGAGCCCGCGGACGACGACGACGACGCGUUCGCCGCCCGCGACGCGUUUUCGCCCGCGCCCGCGCCCGCGCCCGCGCCCGCGCCCGAUCUCCCGCCGCUCGUGACGUCGUACGAGGACGAGAUCGCGCUGAGCAUCGACUCCCCGGAGUACGUCAAGGGCGCGUGGCUCCUCGGUCGCGCGACGUACUUCGACGCGCCGACGCGUUGGAAGGAGACGUUCGACCACGAGUUCGGCGACUUACACGGCGGGGCUCUCGUUCGCUCGCGCAACGGGUGCGGGUUCGUGAACAAGAGCCCCGGCUCGGAGUCCAUCGAGGACUUCCCGUACCCGAUCGACGCCGUCGCCGCGGUCGCGGACUUCGAUCUGAGGCUGCACGAGGGGUCGUGCGGGACGUGUCACGAGGUUCGAUGCGUCACCGGGCCGAUCGUGUGGGACUACGAGCAGACGCGCGUGAACUACGAGCAGAACGCGGCGGCGACGCCGUUUUACGAGGCGGGUCCUGCGGCGCCGGACGCGCUGGACUCGCGCGGGCGGCGCGUCCCAGCGCGCAACGCCGUUCGCGGAGACGCCGGCGGCGGCCGGGAUUCGCCGUUGACGCGCGCGCCGAACGCGUCCGAGCCGCUCCCGCCCGGCGUCGACGAGUUCGAAUACACCCGGUGUUGGGACGAGAACAAGAGUAUAUUCGUCAAGAUCGUGGACGUGUGCCCGUGCCGGUACUCGUGGGGCACGCAACGCGUGUGCUGCGGGCCGGUGCCGCACUUCGACUUGUCGUUCUGGGCGCACGAGAAGUUGGCGCAUCCGAUUCAGGGGAAAGCGAUGCUUCGGUUUCGUCCGGUGGACUGCGCGACGCGGGAGCCGCUGGACGCGCGUCUGGGCGCGGCCGCGCGGAUGAACGCGACGAUUGUCGCGAACGCGAACGCGAACGCGACCGUCGCGAACGCGACGACGUACGAGAACCCGACGCUGAUUCCCGGCGGCGGGAGCGACCAGCUCGUCGCGACGUUCGGGUAUUCGAACCGUCGAGGAUACGAGAUGCGGACCGUCGCGGUGUACGCCGCGGGACCGUCCCCGGGGUGGAGCUGGCUCGCGUAUAAGGACCAGUGGACGCGCUUGGCGCUGUCGGGGAAGGGCGUCGACAGCGGCGUCGGCGGAUGCUUCUCCGCGUCUCCGGGAGGUCGGCUCGCGUUUUUUUGCGUCGAGUGCGACCGGCGAAUGAAACCGUUCGCUCGCGGGAUCGCCAUCAGAGCGUUCAUCUCCACGUCCGCGUGCGCGGCGACCGCGGCGGAGGAGCCGCCGGUGUACGUCGGCGUCAGCGCGCGAGGGGAGCACGACUGGGAAGUGGGCGCGUCGCCGCCAGAGAUGCCGUGCGGCGAGAAGGCCAACGCGUGGCGAUUUCUCGCCGAGGAGGAAGAACGGCGAGCCGCCGCCGCCGACGACGCCGACGACGAAACCGCCGCCGCCUGCGGUCGCCGCGUGAACGUCCCGUUCGCCGCUCUGAACGGCUGCGUCGGCGCCGCGGCGGCAAACGCGAACACGCUCUUCUUCGAGCUCGGCCGCGGCGCGACUUCGGACACGGUGAUAUGCCUCGACGAGGUGUUCGUCGAGCAAAGAGCGCCGUCGGCGUGA